AUGGCCUCAAAGUCGUUGUUCAAGGUGCCAUCGAUGGCCUUCGGGCUAUUGGCUUGCCUCCGGAACGCUCAUGGAGCCGCUCUAGAGCCUCGGAGCUCUCGGGAUGACUUCGAGCAGGUCUCUUGGCCUUCUCAACGUUGCAAACUCACAGGGCCCAUCUAUCCUGACAAUGAUAGUCUUCCCUCCGCGGACGAGCUCUUCGAUAGCCCAUCGGCGUUCAAAAAGCAACUUGAGCGCCACCGGGAUAUAGUGGAGGUAGACUCCAUCUGUUACGAUGACCUCGGACCGAUUGGUGAGGACAAACGCUGGGAGAGCUUUGACGAGCUCCAGGAGGUCCUCAAACGCUCGUAUCCGCUCAUGCACGACGAGAACUAUGUCCAGUUUGAAAAGGUCAACACCUAUGGCCUGGUCUACACCAUCCAGGGCGCCAGUGAGGAGCUGGCACCCAUUCUGUUGACAGCUCAUCAAGAUGUCGUCCCUGUGGGUGAUGAAGCGGACUGGACCUAUCCACCAUUUUCUGCCGAGUAUGACGAGAAAACAGAUUGGUUGUGGGGUCGAGGCGCUGCAGAUGACAAGAACCGCCUCACAGCGCUUAUGUCUGUCUUCGAAGAGCUCCUGACAGCCGACUGGCAACCGCAGCGUGGCUUCGUCCUUGCCUUGGGCUUUGACGAGGAGUGUUCUGGUCUUCGUGGCGCACGGAAUAUUAACGAUGUGCUUAUUGACAAAUACGGCCAAAAUGGAUUUGGAGCCGUCAUCGACGAAGGCGGCCUCGGCAUAAUCGAUUUGGAUUUCGGUCGUGAUCCGCCGGUGCGUUAUGCACUCCCUGCAGUGACAGAGAAAGGUUUUGUCAAUAUCUGGCUCGACCUCCAGGUGAAGGGUGGUCACAGCAGCACUCCCACGCCGCACACAGGCAUCGGCAUUAUGUCGCAGAUGGUCGUGGAACUAGAGAACAACCCGUACUACCCCAAGGUAGAGUGGAACAGCCCCGUCCACAAGAGCUUGCAGUGCCUCGCGCGCUACUCGCCCAACGCGUUCCCUGCCAUCACGCACCUAGUUGACCACGGGAAUCUGUACCAGCUCGCUGAGGUGAUUGCGUCACUGGAUCUCUCUGCGGCGGCUCUGGUUCAAACCACGCAGGCCAUCGACAUCAUAUACGGCGGCGACAAGAUCAACUCGCUCCCUGAGUAUACCACCGUUGGUAUCAACUACCGUGUUGCGCCCCAGGAUAGUGUGCUAGACAUCCAGCAUAAUGUCGUCAAGCAUGUUAACAAGAUCGUCGAAAAGUUUGGGCUGGAUGUCAACGCCUAUGAGGGCGAUGAUGAGUACCAUCGCUAUGCUACUUCGCUUGGCGGGGGCCAUCACAGGAAGCCGCGCCGUGGCAUCGACUAUGAGGGCACCUUGACCAUUAGAGCGGAAAAGAAAUUCAAUGGUGCACCUGUGUCGCCCACUGACGACAAGGUAUGGCGCAUUUUUGCAGGUACCAUUGAAGCCACCUUUAAAGAGCGUGGCAUUACCGUCGUCCCAACGGGAGUCAUCAUGACAGGCAACACAGAUACCAAGCAUUACUUAAAGCUGUCAAAGAAUGUCUACCGCUGGAACCCCCACCCCGCGUUCGAUAUCGAGAAUAUCCACGCUGUGGACGAGCGCCUCAAGAUGAGUGCCCAUAUCGGUGUCGCCAAGUUCUACUACAACCUCAUUCUCAACUUUGACGAGGCCAGAGAUUUGCUCAGGUCGUCUCAGCAAGACCAACAGCAACAGCAGCAGCAGGAGCUCUAA